CCCAGUGUAAGUCCGAGCUCCCAGCAGGGCUGGUUUAGACGUCCGGAAGAUGGGGAAGCUGCCCGAGCAGAACGACAUCCCACCUUGGGUGGGGACUCCCGAAGUCUUGAAGGAGCCCGGGGUGUUCCAGGUCCAGACGGGGCUGCUGGAAGCCGUGUUCGGCCCCGACGGAUCUCGAAUCCCAUUCGUCGAGGAGGUGAGCAAAGUCAUGCUCCAGAUGAAGGGUCUGGAAGCUUCGGACCUCGCCGAAGUCAUGGUUUACGGCUCUUACUUGUUCAACUUUCAGACCAAGUGGAUGCUCCAGUCCGUGGCCUAGCGGCACCGCCAGCGGCACAAACAAGGGAUGCUGCAACCUGAGGAAGCCAUGAAUUCGCUCGACCUAGCUCCUCGGAUGAAGGGAAGCCAGUUUGCAGCCAGACCAACCUGGGACGGCGAGGUAGAGCGGAGGCCGCAGCCGGGGCUGCCCGGGGUCUCGUUUAGACUCUGCUCCAGCCUGACAAGGAACACCCAGCUGGCUUCUGGUCUCUGCCUUUAAGUCCUCCUGUCCUUCCCCCCAAGCUUGCUAAU